AUGGCAGCCCCAGCUCGGACCCCUCGCUCACGGAUCUUAGGCUGUUCCUCCAUGUUGCGCUUUCUCCGAAGCCUGGUGGGGAGUAAGGGAGGUUCUAAGAGCACGAACAAACCCCUGACCAGGAGCCAGCCCAGCUCCUCACGGGAGCAAGAUGUUGUCUCCCCAAAGAUGGGCCGCCAGGGAGGUCGUGGGAGGAAGGAGCCCCGGCCCAGGGUCAACUCGGCAGCCUCCUCUAACGGGAGGAGGGAGCCCCCGCCCAGGGUCCUCUCUGCAGCUCCCUCCAACCCGCGGCGCGAUGCCUUUGAGCUGAGCACAGGGGACACAGGGUCCCAGACCCUCACCUCCAAGGAGGCCCUGAAGCCCAGGGCCCAGGGUGUUGAGGUAACAUCAGUUCCCACCAGAGGAACCUGGGAGGUUCUGGAGUACCUGCCGGAGAAGAAAGGAGAGGAGGAAGAGCCAGCAGGGGGGAUCCCCGGGGCCUCAGACAGGGAGCACUUUGGCCAGGCCCUGGAGGCAGAGCCAGGAUGCCUGCAGUGGACUCCAGGCCCGCUGGCGCUCACCCCUGGGGCCUUCAACAAGGAUGAAGAGGAUGAACACUGCCUAAUUGAGUUUGGAGACCUCAGGCUGUCCUCUUGCAAGGCGGGGUCCACCCCGUGGAACUAUCUCCUUGGCCUGUACAAGCAGCUCCAGAAGUCAGCCAUGGCCAAGGCUCAGAGACCAGCCGCGCCUCCGUUUGCUCUCAAGGAUGGCUUGCCCCAGGAGGAGAAAGAGGAGGAAGAAAGAGAAGAAGCGGUGGAUGAGAGCAGCCUCAAGUGGUGUGCCCCGCGCGCCCCCGGCGACGAAAGCAGCCUCAAGUGGUGUGCCCCGCGCGCCUCCACCUACCAGUCGCCGCUGCAGAAGACAUUUAGGUCCACAGACACAGUGGGUUUCGUGGAGUCGGAGCUGAAGAAGAUUCUGGCAGUGCAACGAGAGGCUCGCCUCUGGAAGGUGGGCAGCACCGAGGGCCGGGAACUGCUGACCCAGCCAGACAUAACGCUGGAGGAGGCUGGCAUGGUGGACGGCCAGCAUCUGCUCCUGGAGGAAAUGGACGAGAUGGGCAACUGGCCCCCUCCGGAGUGAGGCCCGUGCUGGCAGGAGCCCACCGCGCCCACACCCCUGGGACCCCAGUCCUGCCCGUGCCUCAUCCUGGGACACGUGCCCGGAGUCCCUGGGGCCCUGGGGUUGGGGAUGAGCGAGCGGCAUCCUGUGUGCGCGGUGGGCCGGCCCAGCACCGUCCUUACCCGUCAGACUCUCGCAGAUGAUGUUAUUAAUAAAAGCUUAGUUUGACAUUCA